AUGGCUACCUUACACACUACGCCACUUUGGACAUAUCCCAUUCCCUCCUCUGACUCUCGUCCUGCUUCACCAUUACCGUUCCUCGAACAAUCACUCCUAUCUGUGGCUCCCCAUGUAAUCUCAUCAGGCUGCAAGAUCAAAAAUGUCCGCCCUGGUCUCUUCGCUCGAUCUACCUCGACCUCAUCGGUACCACAGUUGACUGAUGUCAAGGCUCAAGUACGUCAACCAACCCGAUCCAAGGAAGCUCCCUCCUCAUUAUGGUCUUCUUCCACUGCCAUCAAUAUCCCCUCACCUCCUCUCACACCCCAUAUGAGGGCUAAUGACGAAGAUGAUAACGAUGUUGAUGAAGACAAUCUUAUCUUCUCAUCCAGAUUCCAACAUCAGAGCCGCCAUGAGAAGCAGCAAGACGAUGAUCCCUCUUCCUCAUCACUGUCGAUGCUGAUGCGACAGUCAAGCUCUGCUCCCUCGGCCAUGUCGCCGAUCGAACUCCAACCCUCCUUGGCUGUCUCAACUGGUUUCACUUUUUCUAGCAAUCUCCUAUCGCCUACAAAGACUAAGGAAGAUCGAGAGAGUUACGAUGUCUUUGUGACUGCCAUGGAAGAAGACUAUUGGAAGAGUGUCUCGACCAUUCGUACUACAUACUUUUUUGAUGGUAUCGGUCGUGGUGGCGGAUUCCUGGCUAUUCCACAUAUUGCAUCCCACGGAAAUGCAAAGACCAAUGUGAUCUGCAGAUUACUCGAGGCUUGGCUGACUAAGAAGCUAGUAGAGCCUACCAUUUCUGACUCGAUUCCAGUUCUCGAGGACAAUAUCGAGAGUUCUGUUGAAUCGAUUGAACGACAUUUACGUCAAGAUCCCAAAGUCUGGUCUGGUAUCUCCAAGAGCUUUAUCCACAUCCGCUGUGGCCAUGUCUUCAUGCUUGACACUUGCUGUGAUGAUGAAACCAUUGUCCACCUUGGUGCGGAUGAAUUCUAUCAAGACUAUCCACUGUUUGUUGAUGUCGAGAUCAAGAUGCAUUGUGAUUCAAAUCACCUGCCCAAGGAUCACUCUACCGAGCUAUUGAUUGCCUUCCAGAACGUUGUCAACCGUACCAAAAACAAAGACGAAGAGAAGCCCUUUGUUCACCGUACUAUCAUCGGUGAAACCAGGCAAUAUUGA